AGGAGAAUAACCUUCUUUUUUUUUUUUUUACCAGUCGUUCGGUUCAUCUUUCUCGAACUCCGGUUUGUUUCAUUGUUCAAAUAUAGGCAUGGUUCAGUUGGGUUACUUGUCUUUGUGAAAGAGUUGCCCGCAAAAUAGGCUAUAUUCUUAUUUUAUUUUUAAGAAUAAAUGUAUGGAUGUUUUCCAGCUGAAUUGCUCGGAAAAUCAGAGUGCGCUUUCCUUAAGUACUUUUCGUAUGGUGGCACCGUUUCCCCGAAGUGGUUUGAUAGCCUACUCCUUCGGAUUUUUUUAUUUUUAUUGUAGGCUAAUAGGCCUACUUAAUUCGAAGAAUAUGCCGAUAAUUUGAUCACUUGUGUUUGCUGUUUUCUGAUAWGAUUGGGAGAUAACAGAAAUGCAUUGCAGAGUUUAAAGAGAAGUCAAGCUGGCUGCGCAUUGGACCCCUAAUUAUGACACCUCUGAGUAACCAAGUCCUUAUCAGUCAUUAUGUGGCUAAUCAACUAGACAAAAAGUAAUACUAUUCUCAGAAGGGGCUAAGAAUCUGUGAAAGAGUGAUUCCCUAAGCCUUUGGUGUUUGGUCAUAUGAGGGUACACUCUGUCUAGGUGAAUCCUACUUCUUCCACUUUAACCACCCAGAGGAGGCCAGUCGAAUGAAGAGCAUGCUGCCCCAGAAGAGUCCUGUCACCACAAUGGGCUAUGGCUCAGACUGUGUGAAGACUGAGCACAGCAAUGGCGGCUCAGUGGGUGGCACCGUGAUGAGGGGCUCCCGUUCGAAGGCGGAGCUGCAGGACUUGAUGGAGACUCUGCAGCGCAGGAAGAGUGCUCUGGAGGCUAGCCUGAGGGCCAGCGCAGAAUCUACCCGCACCUACCUCAGCCUGCCUCCUCCCAGCCCUGUGUCCCCCACUGCCCACAGGAGCUCCGAGCGCCCCCUCUCCUCCAGAGGCCUCCCCUACAUGACCAGCAGCAGCAUGCCCCCCUCCCCUCGCCAGGGCGAGCGCCCUCUCAGCCCCAACCCGCCAUACACACGCUCACGCCACCAAUCACAGGACAGCCUGCUCCUCUCUAACUCCUCUGAUGGUCGCCGCCCCCCUGUAGCCAGUUCUAUGCUGUCCAUGUGGAAUGGCUCCUCUUCCUAUGGGGAGCCUGCCCCCCGCCCACCUCGGGGCCACAGCGGUGCGGCCAGCAUGCCCUCCAGCCCUCGUCUAGGCCGCAGGCUAUACGCCCAGGGCCGGAACGUGGACAAUGGUAUGGACCCUGCACCACGUCAGAGGAAGUACUCUACAGGGUCACUCAACGGUCUGGGCUCUACCCACAGCCGCUCUCUACCACGCCUCCACCGGUCGGCCGACUCCCCGGCUCUGUCCCUGCCACCACGCCGCUCCAUAGUCUCCCACCGAGGGGAGAAGGUUUCUGUGUCCUUCUCCUCCAAGUCGAGGCGCAGCCUGUUUUCUCUGGAGCGGCCGCCAGAUGUGACUGUGCCAGCCACAGCCAGUGUACCGGGUACUCCCCGCCGGGCCAGCCUGGCCUCUCUGGGCUGUGAGGUGGAGGGAGGGGGCCUGCAGGGCUCCUCACCCUGCCUGGACCUGGGCCUGGGCGAGAGGAGGCUGUCCUUUGGGAAGGGGGGACUGGGGCCGAGAUCGAGGAGGGGCAGCAUCAGCUCUCUGAAUGGGAAGGAGGAGCUGAGAGACUACCACAUGCACCAGAGAGAUGAGAGGCUCAGAGAACAGGAGGUGCAGAGACUGGAGCGCCAGCGACUGGAGACCAUCCUGAGCCUGUGUACUGAGCUGGGCCGUGUGGAGCGGGACCAGAGAGGCUUGGCCGUCUCCGACCUGCAGAAGAUCAACAAGGAGCUGGAGAAGUUGCAGGUGUCUGAUGAUGAGUCGGUGUUCUCCGACUCCCCUGGCAGCGUCAGCGGCACCGCCCUGGAGAACGGCUUUGGCACCAGACCCGAGGGAUACCARUUGGCAGAGGAGCGGCAGGUCCGCGAGCGCCAUCACAGCGGGCACAGGGAUGCCAGGGCUCAGUCACCUGCUCUCAGCCUGCGCAGCAGUGCCCCCUCACCCUCCCCUCGCCACAGAGCCAAGCAGCAGGCUGCGGAGGAUGUGCAUCUGAAACAGGAAGUGAGCCGUAUUGAGGAGGAGAGGAUCCAGGUGCUGAACAACGUAGAGGAGGUGGAGCAGAAGAUCAAAGACCUGGACAACCAGAUGGAGGAGUCCAUCAGAGAGAUGGAGGUAGAGCGGGCUCUGCUGGAGGGGGAGCAGGUCUCUGAGAUGGCUCUGCUACAGAGGGAGAAGGAGGUACUGGACCAACUCAAUGAGAAGAUUGGCAGCACUGACAAGACUGCCCUCACAGAGAAGUCCCAGGAGAAAGCCCUGCUCGAUGCUGAGAGGGUAAAAGUAGAGAGGCUGGCGGAGCUUGUCUCUGAGCAGAGGACCCAGCUGGACAACUGUCCCGAGGCGCUCAAGGAGCAGCUUCAGCAGCAGCUCUCCAGGGAUGUGGAGGUACUGGAGGCUGAGAGGAAGUGGUUUGAAGACCUGGAGUUCCAGCAGCUGGAGAGAGAGAGUCGUCAGGACGAGGAGAAGGAGGGUCGGAACCAGCAUUUACUGCGAGAGAUAGCAGAUUACCAGCGUAGUACUGUCACGCGCAAGGAGAGACUCCUGACCCUGAAGAAGCAGUCAACACAGAUUACCCAGCAGUCUCAGCGAGAGAAGGACAGCUUUCUGAAAGAGAAGAACAACCUGCUCCUCAUGCUUCAGAGGGAGAGGGAGAACCUGGCCUCGCUGGAGAGGAAGUAUGCUGAAGUGACUGGAGGGCAGGCCUUCCCUAACAACCCUGUUGCCAUGAAAGAGCACUUCCGCUCUCUGGAGGAGAGGAGGCGGGGCAGUAAGGAGAACUCCCACCUCAGUGACAAUCUCCGUAAGAGGAGCCAGCAGCCCCUCAGUCACUACAGCAGCUCCACACUGGGCCGCAGCCUGUCCUCUAAGUCCCACGUGCCCCUGUCCCAGAGCUCCAGCUGUGGUAGUGCCAUCCCCCGGGGCCUCUCUGUCUCUCCCAGAGAUCUGGAAUCUCAACGCCUGCUCAAGGCAGGCCACAGCCACCUGUACGUGAGUGAGGACAGACAGAGACUGGUUGACCUGUGUAGCAGGACCGUCUCAGAGUCCAAYGUCUUCCUGGACUCCUUCCACUACGCAGACAACGGCCAUGCCUUCGACACGCUCAGCGUGGACAGCUCUGACAGCAUGGAGACCAGCAUCUCUGCCUGCUCCCCAGACAACAUCUCCAGGGAAUUGGCCCGACCACCUGUUAGAGCAUUGUGGGAACCCAAACCAUCAGUACUGUUACUGUGUCACUGGGAUAGUGCCAGGAUGCUGAAGCUAAUUGCCAGCACAUCCAACGUAGCAAAGAUUGAAGAGAUGGAACGUUUGUUACGAGARGCCCAGGCUGAUAAGAAUCGUCUCCUUGAGCACAGGGAGCGUGAGAUGGAGGUGCGCAGGCAGGCCCUGGAGGAGGAGCGGCGGAGGAGGGAGGACCUGGAGAAGAGACUGCAGGAGGAGACCAACAGGAGGCAGAAGAUGAUCGAGAGGGAGGUGAAGCUACGUGAGAAACAGAGGGCACAGGCCCGGCCGAUGACACGCUACCUCCCUCAGAGGAAGGAUGACUUUGACCUCCAUGGUCACAUCGAGGCAGCUGGACACAACCCAGACAACUGCUACCACCUGGCCAUCACCGAUAAAACCUGCAGAGGGUUCCUGGUCAAGAUGGGUGGCAAGAUCAAGACCUGGAAGAAACGCUGGUUUGUCUUCGACCGGAACCGCAGGACCCUGGCCUACUAUGCAGACAAACACGAGGCCAAGAUGAAAGGAGUCAUCUACUUCCAAGCCAUAGAAGAGGUUUACUAUGAUCAUUUAAAGAAUGCACACAAGAGCCCGAACCCAUCGCUGACGUUCAGCGUGAAGACCCAUGACAGGGUGUACUACAUGGUGUCUCCCUCCCCUGAGGCCAUGCGCAUCUGGAUGGACGUCAUCGUCACCGGGGCUGAAGGAUACAUGCAUUUCAUGGUCUGAACCCCCCCCCCCCCUCUCAGGAGCUCUUACCACAUUCUGACCACAGACUCUCAGUUGACAAAUCAACAGGAAAUAUCCUCUCCUCCAGUUCCAUCGCUGCCUCAAAGACAAAGCAAUGUGACUGGUCAGGAUUGAGAAUCUGUGACCCGAGCACAAUACCCUCCUGGUUUAUACCUUUACAACCACUUUCAUUUCGGUCUCACUUCAGUGAGCCCACCGCUCUCCUCCUUCUCCGGGACUGAUGUGAUGGUAAUCUGAUACUUCAGUUUGGCAGGGAAUUACUUCCUCUGGAGGAUUAGGUGCCCAGUGUUGCUUGUUCAUUUGGAAAUGACAAUCUAGGAAGAUUCGAAUACUUAUCGUUUUAUGUGUGAGAAGCCUUUUGGCACAAUCACAUGGUUUACCCUCAUGAUAUUUUGGGAUCGUUAAUGACCCUGAGUCGCUGUCUAGGGUGUAUUAUGCAGUCUGAUAGGCUAACAGUGUACUAGAGGUUAUUGUCUCGUCCUUUUCAUCAUCCAAGUUGAGCCGGCUGUUGAUUGRUCAACCAAAAGCUCUCCAUCUGUUUUCCUUCCAGCUGGACAGUCUCUUUUUCUCCCCCUCAUGUGCCAAACCUUCCGGGGGACUGUCUAGCAUCUGCACAGMCUGAGAGGACAAUGGCGCCCUCCAUUGUAAAAGCCAAGGUGAUGCACAUAACUGAUAUGCAUCUUUUGUACCUUACUGUUGCUCAGGAACGUGGGGUCAAGAGGGGAAAUCCUAAAACGACAGAGACUUGAAGGGUUUGAAAAGUACCUCUCUCAUCACUAUGUACCAAAGACAUACUUAUUUGUAUGUAAAUCAUGUAAAUGGAACCUAAAGGUUCUGCGAAGGAAUACUUACAGGGUGUGGAAGGCGUUGACGAUCUGUGUGCAUGUAUAUACAUUUAGUGUGCGCCACACAGCUAAAUAAGUUGGCAAAAACAUUCCAGGGCACUUAAAAUACUUGUUUAAAAAAAAAAAUGUCUUAAUGGAACAUGGCAUUGUAUAUUGUGCCUUUAUGUAAGUCCGUCUUAUGACAGGUUGUGUAAUAUCAGGCUACCAGUGGGCUGGGUGCAGCUCCCUACCCAAUGAAUGGGCUCAUUCAUUUCGGGAAAGUUUUAGAAGGCCUUGCAUUGCUCCUAUUGUAAAGCACCAUGUGAUAUUGGAUGUCAUUGAUGUCCUUAGCAUAGAGUUGGUCUGUUUUUAGUUAUUACACAGUCGCUGUUAGACCUGUGUAGCGCUAUAAUAGUUACUGCUUUUAAAAUGACUUUUUUGAGGUCACAAAUAAUGGAACAUGUAUUUAUAUUGGUUUAAUUGUAUCUUCUCUUUUUUUUUUUUGACAUAUCUAAAUAUGUGUCAGUAGUAUGUGCAUGUUGAACAUACACAUCAGCCAUUUGUGUUAAACCAAAGAGCAAAGCAAUCUCCAGUGUUCUGGAAUGAUUAUACUGAAGUCAAAAUAGAAAAGAAAAAUGUGAUUCUACUUAUUUGACCCAGUUAUCUUAGCUGAUGUAUUUUUAAUUACUGUGAUCAAAAAUKUAUUAUUCUUUUAAGAUCCAAUGAUACUGAAAUGGCUCCCUCACUCACUGUGAGCUCAUAGGUAGCAAGUAGUUACAUGGUCAAUGAGGUUACUGGGAGAGUGCACACGAGACCAAAGGGCCUUCUCUGACAGUGUUGAGGUGACAGUUGAUUAGCUCAUAGGACAUUUUUCACAGUGUUAUGAAGGGGACUGACUAGCUCUUUGUGACCAGUUGACCUGUCAAGCAGGAACCCUCAUGCUCGGCCUGUGUGACUACACAGUAUGGACACACUUCAAGUAUUUUCCAUAUGUGUACCAAGGAAACAAUCACUUUUUUAUGCAUUUUAAAUAUAUAUACAUUUGGUAUUUUUAUAUGAACAGUGCUAAUUCAAAUGUUAUUUUUAAUCCUGCAUGUUUUUUUUUAUACAAAUGUAAGAAUAAAUCAUAUACGUUUACUAA